AUCAGCUGUGUCCAAUCACAGCUGAUCACAUAAGUGCCACCUGUCAGUGUCCAUCAGUGCCAGCAGUCAGUGCUCGCCAGUGCCACAUCAAUGCCAUAUAUCAGUGCAUACCAGUGCACAUCAAUGCCACAUAUCAGUGCCCAUCUGAGCUGCCUUUCAGUGUCACCCAUCAGUGCCAGUCAGUGCCACCUAUCAAUGCCAAUCAGCGCCACCCAUCAGUGCUGCCAAUCAGUGCCACCUAUCAGUGCCAGUCAGUGUCGCCUAUCAGUGCGCAUCAGU